GCCUGACUGUGUCUCUACACCACUCGCCCAUCGUCCCUGUCCCCCUCCGGACAGCCUCGGACGCCACCCACGACGACGAGCACACCCCUCAACUUAUAUGUAACCGACCAUGACCGCGCCAGUAGCCCAGGAAGAGCUGCCUAUCCUCGAGGCUAUGAUCAAUAUACGCAAUCGCCUCACCGCGCUGAAGAAGGAUAGAGGAGAGUACAUCAAGCCGUCCGAUGUGAAUGCUCUGUACCAGGCUAUCAUCAAACAAGUUACGCGCCUCAAUGAAGUCCGAGAUGACCACACCACGUACAACAAUCGCCUCGACACCACGCUGGCGGACGUAUUCAACCUCCUGUCGUUAUUCUUUCUCACAAUCGGGUUAACGAAGGAGUCGCCCUCAACAUACAGCCAAAUCGCCAGUAUGCGGCAAAUUCUAGAGCACAUGGAUGAGUCCAGUGUCUACAAUGAAUCCGAUCUCGCCCCCUUUCACCGGCGGCUAGCAGAACUACGCGGGAUCGUUCGGAGUGAUGCGGAGAGCGGCAAGCACCCCAUGGCGAUGACGACCCUUCUGGAAAGGCAGCUGAACGAGUGCGAGUACGUGUUACAACGACUGCAAGAGUCGUUGGCCGUGCUUUCACCGGAGCUUGUGCCUAUACAUGAGCGACUUGUGAACGUCCGACGAAAACUCGUUGCCCUUGCCGCCAAAGAAACCGCCCGGGAGGCAGCAGCUGCAAACGGCAAGCCAAUGAUCAUCAGGUCCGAGCCAUUGAGCUCGAAGCCUUCCUCGAAGGAGUCAUCGCCGCCUCCUGACGGCGAAGCACGGUCUGGCACGGACUCCUCGCCAGAUAGCGAGUCGGAAUCGAAGACACCGACCAAAGAGACUACGCCCAAGCCCGAGCUGCCGCCAGGUGAGAAAGAUGGCGUCAGAGUGAAGGCUGAGCUGAAGGGACUCAUGGAGGAACUGCGUAAAAUCGAUUCGAAACGCGUGGAUGGCAAGUUCUUGGGUCCAGGAGGAAUGGUUCCAGCCUCACAGGCAGUUUGCUCGUCCUUACUUGAGGAGUGCUUCGAGAUCGCGCAAGAAAUUCGGGCACAAGAUGACUCGCGAUAUGUCGCAUCGUCCCUUCGACCCAUCUACGACCGUCUGAGCGAGAUCCGGCGAGAACUCGAACAACUCGUGUUGACACAUCGGUGGAGCCUCCGAGAGACCGAUCUAUGGAACUACAGCCUGAGUUUGCAAGAGAUCGACAAGAUGCGUGUCGAUGGGAAGUUCGUCGAUGCAGAAGGCAACCGGCCGUCAGGGCAAUACGUGUUGCUGUAUCUGCUCCGCAGAUGUUAUGGUCUCAUCUACCGCCUCCUCUCGUCCAGCGAGCCUGUCUCAGAGGAGCUGAUGCCCAUCGCGAACAAACUUUCAACGGUGAAGAAGUGCCUCAAUGAGGUCCUCAAAUACGGAGGGCCGUUCUCGCCUCGAGAUCUCUAUCCAUAUCAGCUUGCCUUGUACCAGAUCGAUUCCAUGCGAAAGGACGGCAAGUUCGUUGGUGUGGAUGGGAUCAUCCCGGAAGGCCAAGGUAUUGUAAUGGCGCAUCUGAACGAAUGCCACGAGCUCCUGGAAAUGGUGCGUCCUAUACUGUAGCAAGAUGCAUAGUGCUGACAUGUGCUGUAUCCAGUUGAAAGAGGCUAUGGAGGAGG